AUGUUCCAGUCUUCUAUAAAUAGACCACUCAAGUCUUCAGUCUUGACAAGUGUGAGAUAUGGAUCCUUACGUCCUAGAAAAACAGCAUCCAAGUUUGUUCAAGUCCAACUAUUACAAGAUAUCCCAAAUGUUGGUGUUAAAGGUCAACUCAAACUUGUUAAACCUGGGUUUAUGAAAAACUUUUUAUAUACUGAUAAUAAAGCUGUUUAUGUUAAUGCAAAUUUACCACCAAGAAUACCAAUUGUUGAACCUGUUCAAGCACCAAAACCAGUUAAAGCUAAAGUUAAGGAAGUUAAAAAGGUAGUUGAAACAGAACCUGAAGAAACUACUGAAGCGGGUGCAAUGUCUUUGGAAGAAUUAUCUGAUUUGUUCAGUAGUAUGAAGGGUAAAUCUAAGAGAUCUUCCAGUAAAGUCACCAAGGGAGAUUUGAAGGUGCAAGUUUCCACUUUGGACUUUGAUACUGUUAAUGACUCAGCUGCUGCUCCAGGAUUAGAGAUGGAUGAUACUCAAAUUGAUAAAAUCUAUGAAAUUGCUGAUAAAUUGCCAAAAUUAAUUACCAUAAAUGCUGAUAGAUUACCAUUUGGCAAAGAAGUAGUCGUUGAUACCAUUAAAAGAUUAAGUGGGGCAAGCAACGUUGGUGAAUUUGAAAUUUCCUACAUUGAUACUCCAGAGGAAAUAUUAGAAAAUAUAACUGAAGUUGGUAGAUACAGAAUCAAACUUAUCAGUUCAGAUGGUAAGACUUCACUUGAUCAAACAUUAGAAGUUGAAGAUGCCACCAAGUAA